AUGGCCGCCACAGCGGCCUCAGAAACGGCAUCACAGUGGCUCUUUGCCAGCUUCGAGUCAGCGCGACGGAAUUCGAGCGCCGUGGUGGCCUCCGAUCUGAAUUCUCUGUCACCUGUAGUGGAAAUCGGGCGGAAGGAGGUGUUCGACACGGACAUUGAGGCAGCAAUACCACCUACCAAGCUCGGCUGGCUUGCUGGGCACAGUCUCUUGCUUGCGGCCGGAUCACACUCCGGGCCGGCUGGAAUGGUGGGGGACAUACGCCUGUGGGAUGUCCGGGCAAGCUCGACGGUGCCAGUGUGGGAGGUGAGGGAGAAGGACGACUGCUUUGCAGAUGUUGCUGCAUCAGACUCACCGUCGGCAUUGUUUAAGGUAGGGGCUGCCUCCAGUGAGGUUUUCGUGGCUGACUUGAGGAGAUUUAGUGGUGAUGGCAUCAGUGUGGAUCCUUGGGUGUGCAUCGGAGACAUGCAAAGGGCGGGAGCAGCCACAACAUCUCGCAGAAAGGAUGGGAAUGGUUGUAGAAUUGAGUGUUACCGCAGUUGGGUGUUUGUGGCACGAGGUGCAUAUGCUGAGGUGUGGACACAGGUGGAAAUUACAUCAGAGCCUCGGGAGAAGAAGGUGAUGAGGAGGAAUUGGGUAGGGAACGGGCCAUCGAUGGUUACUGCAGACGGCGAGGAGAAGGCCAAGAUCGUAAGCUGGGCCUUCGGAGGCAGCAGAAUGGCAUUGGCUAGAGUCGAUAAGCGGUCUGUUGAGGUGUGGGAUAGUGCUUCUGGGACAAUAUCAGGUGAAUAG